AUGUUCCCAGCAUCCCGUUUUGGCUGUCGAGCUUUGGCCAUGGCAGCUCGCCAGGGUGUCGUGAAGCCGACGACGCACAUGUUGCCUGUGUCAGGCCUGCGAUUCUACAGCUCUGCCCCCACAUUAACCAGAGAAAUAGUGAUGGAGAGAAUCACGGAGAUGCUCGAAUGCUACAACAAGAUCAAGCCAGGCACUCCUCUCACAGAAAAGACAUCGUUCUCCAAAGACUUGGGACUCGAUUCGCUCGAUUCGGUGGAGAUAAUGAUGGAAAUCGAGUACGAAUUUAGCAUCCAUAUUGCAGACCAAGACCAGGACUCGAUCAAGACGAUUGGCCAGGCCGUCGACUACAUCGUCAAGCAACGCGACGCCUGCUAG